UUUUUCUCAAAAGAGUUCUAAACCCCUGUCACCAUGUGAGAGAUAAACAAAAUUUCUCACAUGGUACUCUUCCAACCACUCGACAUGGGUUACAUGUAUUUUGUUGGGCGCACCAGUAUAGCAGAUUAAGAGGAAUUACCACAAUUUAAUACAGCAUGUAUGGAUUUGUCAGGAGAGACAUCCAUAGCUCAGUAUACAAGGCUGUGUCAAAGUACCUCCUGGAUAAUGAUGAAGACUGGAGAAAAUUAUCACCAAAUGUUGCAAGCUUCCAUCUCAUGUUUGGGGAGCGAAACAAAUUACAGUUUGGGAGACUUGGUCAUGAACCAGGGCUAAUUCAGCUUGUGAAUUACUACAGAGGGUCAGAUGUUAUCUGCAGAAAAACUGCCUUAGUAAGAGUAUUCAAAGAGUUUUAUACCACAUCAGCAAAACCAAUACCAAAAUGGCUUCCAGAGUCUUUUAUCAUUUGUCCUAAAGAUAUUGCAAAGAGCAUGGAGUCCGCCACUCCUGGUGCACGCCCUCUUCCGAGGAGGGUGUCCAAGCCCGAUGAAAGGAAGGAUUUGUUAGAUCGGUCCACUGUCCUCAACAAAACCAGCAAAAAACCAGUUGUAUGGAUCGCUAAAUCUUCUUCUGGGUCAAAAGGUGAAGGAAUAAAAAUUUCCCCUGAUGUGUCAGAACUGGUGAAGUUUAUUGAUCAACAAACCCAAUCCUUUGUAAUUCAAAGGUACAUAGACAACCCCUUGCUCUUGGAGGAAGACCGUAAAUUUGAUAUCAGAUGUUGGGUGUUGCUGGAGGCCAAUUACAAUGUGUACUUGUACGAGGAAGGAGUUUUACGCACUGCCUCUGAGAGUUAUCAGCACGAGAAUCUGGAUGAUGUCACUAGUCAUUUGACCAAUCACUGCUUACAGAAAGAACUGUCAGCAAACUUUGGGAUGUAUGAGGAAGGCAAUGAAAUGUUUUUCUCCUCAUUUGAUAGGUACUUGAGGUCUAAAUUUAGAGUGACACUGGAUGCAACUAUUUUGCCUCAAAUAAAGGAAAUCGUCAAGACUGUGUUCAAGAUAGUGAAAGAGAGAAUUUCUACCAAUUUCCUGGGCUACCAGAGUUUUCAGCUAUUUGGAUUUGAUUUUGUUGUGGAUGAUGAACUCAUGGUGUAUCUGAUAGAGAUCAAUGGAGCACCUGCUUGUGCAAAGAAACUCCUGCCUGACCUAGCCCGGAGUCUUGUUAUUACAGCGAUAGACCCAGUGUUUCCAACUCACAAAGUUCACACAAGAGGACGAAACGAGAGUGAACGGUCCUCUUUAAAUGCAGGACCCUGCUUUGACUACGGACCCCAAAAAACUGAGAUAAUGAGCAGGACAAGGGAAGUAAAUGGAGAACAAAGAGGCACACGUCGGCUAGAAAGGGGAAAUGGUCACAUGAUGAAUAAAAACCCACCCUUGCAGCUCAAAGGGAUUCUGUUACAGAACCAGGACUGUACACAAUGCAUCGCACCGCUAGAGCACCAGGUCGCUCUCCUGCAACAAAGACUUGAAACACUAGAACAGAUUGCAAAUCAGCAACCUGUUGCCUUUAGUGCAGAGCUGUCGACGUCCCUUGCGCAUCCCUCAGCUGGUAUGAGCAUCGUAUUCGAUAAGGUUCAAUUCAAUUCCGGAAACUUCUACAACAACAAGACUGGCACAUUUUAUUGUCCUACUUCCGGUGUCUACUAUUUUUCUCUUGAACUUUCCUCUAGUGCCCAUCCCCAAAGUAGUCACUCACUGCAUGCUAAGAUAAUGAAGAACGGCUCUCCUAUAUCCAUCACUAUCCUUGACAGUGACAGUCACCUGUCAUAUUUACGAAGAACAUCCUCAGUGACAACACAACUGGCACAAGGUGACGUAAUUUCCGUUCUAAUCAACUUCGUCGUUGGAGAUAUCACAGUCACCGGUGGAGGCCCCCUUUCAACUUUCUCUGGUUUUCUUGUGCAAAGUAUACAAUAAAUAACAGAUCUAACACACUUAACUUGUCAUAAUUACACGAACAUUUAAAUUAUGUUACCAUCUACAAGUUAAUCAAGAACACCUUUCAAUAUUUCGGUUAUAUAAAAAGUAUGACUUGAAAGCCCAAACCUUUCAAUAAAUAAAAUGUUCUUUGAUUACAUAGAAGUAAUAAAAAUCUGUUUAUGUUGUGUGAAGACUACUUAAGAAUUAUACGUUAUUCUGAUAAAUAUACUUAAUCGACAGGUAUAUGCUCUAUUGAGUUAUAUACAUGUAUACCUGUA